AUGGCUAAGGCUGGUGCUCGCCAGGGCUGGUGCGCAGUCCUUUGUCUGCACAUGACGUGGUUGUUCAGCACGGGUCUCAUCAAGGGUUUAGGGGUGAUGUUGCCGUCCCUCGUCGAGCAGUUCUCGGCCCCGACGUGGGUUAUUGGCUGGAUGGUGACCAUCGUCAGUGGUGUUGUCUGCUUCACAGGACCUGGUUUAGGUAUUUCCUUGAUUCUAACGAGGACCUUGGUUGGUAUGCAUUUCACUGACAACUACGCGACGGCCAGUGGUAUUGGGAGUUCUGGUCAUGCCGUUGGUCUGGUUCUUAUUGCACCCUUCACACAAUUGCUGCUGGAUACGUACGGGUGGAGAGGCGCCAUGCUCCUUCUCGGAGGGUUGUCCAUGCAUCUUGCGCCGUGCGGUGCUUUAUUGCGAACUCCGCCAAGAGAGACGGAUUCGUACGAAACACUUCCCGCUUCGGAACACGAUCAGCUUGUUAGUCAAGCACACAGCGCAGACAAGAAGACCGCGUGCUGUAAGCGUAAGGAUGACAUCUUGGCUCGAUUCGGAUGCUCCGUUUGUCUGCGCGUCGCUUAUUGGCGAGCGGCCAUUGUUCUCAUCUGUUUCCGCUUCGUGCCAGCUCUCUGGGUGGUGUAUUUUGUCUCGCACGCCCAGGCUAAGGGUUUUUCAGCGUAUGACGCGGUGAUGUUCACUACAGCCGCCGGAGCGGGUAGCUUCGUGUGCAAGAUCGCGUCGGGUCUCGUGGUAGACCGAGGCCUCAUGAGCCUACGAUGGGCUAUGUCGUUAUGCAUCGUGGUUGCGUCAUCCACUCUGAUCUGCAUUAGCUGGACCAACUCCUACUGGUCGAUGAUGGUCAAUGCCUUCUGCCAUUACGGCGCCAAUGGAGCCGUGGGGUCAUUCUGCGAUAUUUACACCAAGGAAUUGCUUGGAGUCGAACACCUUGGCUCUGCUAUGAGUUGGAUGGAGCUGAUGGCGGCCGUAUUACUAAUGGCUUUUGGAUUCUUUCCAGGUUGGAUAUACGACCAGACCAGAAGCUUCGACUUAGCUUUUGUUAUCAUGGGAGGUAUACAGGCUCUGCCGUUGGUGUCGCUGUUUAUGGAGUGGGUCAUGAUGAGACGUCAACAGAGGGCGUGA